AUGGCAACUCAUCAUGCGGGGUCCACACGCACAUCACCACUCCACUACUCCAUCUUCUCCAACUUCUGUGUAUAAAUACGUUAUCAGUGCACCGUUCCUUACCCUGUUUGAGAACCCAAAGAAACAAUUAUAGUUUCUCACAAAUGGGUGCGAAGAACAAGAAAAAGAAUGAAGGAGAACAGAAGAAUGAAAAUGAUAAUAACAAGAAAAAGGACAAUGGAGGAAAUGAUAAUAUUACUGCGGUUUUGAAGGCUGAUUUGCACUGUGAUGGCUGCGCAUCCAAAUUCCUAAAAUGCAUUCGCUCUUUUGACGGUGUGAAGACUUUGACCAUUGAUGAAUCUCAGAAGAUUACGGUUACGGGGGAAUUCGAUCCGGCCAAACUCCGUGAAAAAGUAGAGGGGAAAACCCACAAAAAAGUGGAACUGAUUUCACCGGGACAGCCCAGAAAGAACGACAACAAUAAAGAGAAUGAAAAAGGCAAAGAAAAUGGAAAAGAAGACAAAAAUGCAAAGAAUAAAAGUGAAGACAAAAAAACCAAGGACAAGAAGCCGCCUGUGACGGCCGCGGUCAUGAAAGUGCACUUACACUGCGAGGGAUGCAUACAGAAAAUCCACAAGAUUGUGACCAAAACAAAGGGGUAUGAAGAUAUGAAAAUAGACAGACAGAAGGAUUUGGUGACAGUGAUUGGAGCAAUGGACAUGAAGGCUCUAGCUGAGACUCUCAAGAAGCAUUUGAAGAAAGAGGUUGAGAUUCUACCUCCCAAAAAGGAAGGCGGUGGCGGUGAUAAGGGGAAAGGUGGCGGCGGUGAAGAAGUUGGUGGGAAUAAGGGGAAAGGCGGUGGUAAGGGUAAGGAUGGUGGCGGUGAAGAAGGGGGUGGGGGAGAGAACAAGGUGCAGGUCCAAAUUGGGAAUCCAUAUCCGUAUAUGUACGCGCUGGGUCCAGUGGGGGACCAGUUUCAACACUAUUCACAUGUGUAUGGACCCUACCAUGCACCCCAAAUAUUUAGCGACGAGAAUCCAAAUGCGUGUAGUGUCAUGUGAGAGGAGGUGAGAGGUAAUUUGUACAUGAAGGAAGAAUAGAAUGGAUUAUCUUAUGUUGGUGGGUCGUUAAUUAGGUUUCUUUGUUUAAUGGAUUGUUAAGGUUUCAAAAGAGUUAAAUUAUGUUUUGCUCUUUCAUAAUUAUCGUUGUUUUUAUAUUA